AUGGAGCUCCAGGAGUUGAGCUGGCUGUGUCUGGUGGGUCUCUUCCUCGCCUCCUUGCUCAUCGUGUUGGGAUGGCUGUUCCAGUACUCGCUGACUGUGCUGCGGCUGUGGAGAUCCAGGAAGGCUGCUGCUAAGCAGGUCAGGAAGGAGGCAGCCUGGCAGCUCACACAGCCCCCUCAGAGCCUGGCUGGAGGUGUGUGGAGCUUCCUCCUGAAGCUCCGCGCCGGCCGGGAUGGAGGAGCUGCAUCAGAGGCCGGGGUUAAAGGCUUGUUGACCUCUCUGUUCUCCUUCAAGUCCUUCAGGGAGCACUGGCAGAGGACCUGGGUGAAGGCUCUGAACGAGCAGGCUUGCAGACACGGGAGCUCAAUCCAGAUCACUUUUGACAGCAGCCUCCAGUUAACCACAGCCUCUGCAAUAGAUAGUGUGACCUGCACAGACCAGUCAGCAAACCGAAUGGUUUUACACUGUAAGUGCUGCGUCGACACGGUGACAUUUCCCGUGACCGUCACCCAGCAGUCACAUGCUGCCGUUUCCAUGGACACCUAUCAGAUCACUAUAGCACCAAUGGUGGCAAAGGUGACGGCGUGCCUGGAGGAGGUAGAGGACGAGGGUCUGCUGAUCUCCUGGACUCUUUCCAAGCAGCCAUCAUUUUCUCUGACCGCGUCUCCAUGCAAGCUGCAGAGACAGGGUGCUGAGGGUGCGGUGGACCUGGACAUGAUUAAGGGGCUGAUCGAGGACACACUUUUCAGCACUCACCCAGCGAUGGUCCUCAACCUCAAGACAUGUGCGCCCAGUCCUUCGGCCCCCAUGGACCAUCUCUCGGUGGGAUUGAACUCUGUAUCCCAGACUGUGUUGGUGAGACGGCUGCUCCUCCGGCAGCUCAGGGCGACCUUAAGUAAAGGUCAGUGGUCUCGAUCGGGGGAGCUGUGCUGUGUCCUUAACCUGGAUCAGCCCUCUACGGAGAGGACGACCCGCUUCCUGUCUGUGUCCGGCAACCCAAAUGCUGCCCUCGAAUGGAGCGAAGAAGUAACAAUGGAGCUGGGCCCAGAAACCAAGGAGCUCAGAAUACGACUUCUGGAGCGGAACGGCAAAAGGGAACAAUUCCUGCCUGGUCACGCCUCCAUCGCCUUGGAGCUCCACAGCAAAGUUCCCACUGGACAACAUAAAUUGUCCAUAAGCCCCGGCCAUGGCUUGGCACCGAACGCUACCAUCACUGCCGAGCUGCUGUAUGUGGAAACAGAAGAGCCUCGCGGUGCCCACAAUGCUUUUCCACUUCGGUCCUCACUUACCCCGACAAAGAAAGUCGACGUGGACCGAACCAUCAUGCCAGAUGGAACCAUUGUCACUACUGUCACCACCGUCCAGUCUCGACUAAAACUUGAUCGCAGCCCAGGUGACUCCCCGAUGCGUUCUCCAUCCAAAGUGGAGGUGGUUGAGAAGAAACCCACCAUCCUGACUGAUGGCAGAGGCAGCAGCAGCCCAAACCCCAGCAAGAGCAGCCGCCUGUCUAAUGGCCUGGAUCCUGUUGCAGAGACCGCCAUCCGGCAGCUGACAGAGUCUGCGUCCAAAGUAGCGCGGAAGACUCCAACGAAAAGAAGCACGCUAAUCAUCUCUGGUGUGUCAAAGGUUCCACUCUCUGAGGAUAACUGUGCAAUAUCAAGCGGCUACGCGGCAGCCAUGGACGCAGCCAUGCAUGGCAACCAUUACGGGGCGGGGCAUCACCCGGACCAAGACGAAACCACACCGUCUGACGUGUCGGAGCGUCCAUCUGUGGAUGAUGUGGAAUCAGACACUGGUUCCACUGGUGCCUUGGAAACCCGCAGCCUCAAGGACCAUAAAGUGGGCUUUCUACAGAGCGGGACGAAGCUGUUGUUCCGCAGAAGACAUCGAGAGAAGGAGUCCUGCCUCAGCCAAUCCCACGAAGACAUCUCCAACAUGGGCAAUAACUUUGCGGCUGCUGCCAACAGCAGUCGUAAAAAGUCUGGCAGCUUCUCCCGGCGUCUCAUCAAACGCUUCUCCUUCCGCUCAUCAGGCAAAUCAAAAUCCAAGGCUGCUGCUACCAACGGAGGAGCAAGCUCACUGGAUAACUAAUUAUCAUUGCUUUGGGUAGGACACGUAUCACCCUGACCUUGCUGUGAGGCCUCUGUUAUCGCUGUCAGAAGAACAACUGAACUUGAGUCCGGUCUACGACAGGCUGAACACCCCGGGCGGGUUUUCACCUGGACGUCUCGAAAAGGAGGAAACCUCUGGGAGGGCUCCUCUGUGGAGAGAAAUUAUCGCACCUUCAGGACCGAAGUCAUGUUUGAUCACAUCACUGAAUCUAAAAUGUGAUUACGAAAUCUAUUUUCUUUGAGGAGAAACCUGCUGCUCGCUGAGGAGAAAGGAAGAGCUACAGUGAAAUGUUUGAACACUAACUACAGCUGUUUGAUUGAGGCUGGUGGUGGAAAAUGCUCUUCAACUACUUAGUGAUGUAAAAUGCCAGUAUGAUGCUGUUGGUUGCACUUUGGACUUUAGAAGUUUUUUUUGUUAGUUUUUUUUAACAGCACAUGUAAAAAAAAAAAACAAAACUGUUGGUUGUAAUUUAUUAUUAUGUGAAACUCAUGAAACAAACACAGUGCUAUUUAUUUUACCCCCAAAAUAAGUCAUCAUAGUUGCAUUACACUGUAAAAUAGAGACAAUGCUGUUUGUUUUUCCAUUCAGAUGUAAUUUAAACACAUAAUUUAAGUAAGUUAACCAAAAUCUGUCUUAAUCUAGCUGUAAUGUCCAUUCUUAAUUGCUUAAACAUUGGUUUUAGAAAGUUGUUUAUUGUUGUAUCUUAUAUAAGAAGCAGAAAAAAAACCAACAUAUUUAUUGUACUUUUAUUUUAUAAAGGUACUUUCUGUGGAAUAUCAUAACUUCAGUUUGCUUUUUGAGAAUUCAGUCAGACUUUUUAAGCUGACCAGUGAGUUUAAACUUCAUAAAUCCUGACAGUAUUCUGUCAGGGAAAAAAAAAAAUCAACAUGAUCAGGUACUGCUCUCCUUACAGCUUUGAGUGCAGCCGGAUUUAUGUUGAUGCUCCAAGUGACUUUACAUGGACUUCAUUAUUAUAAUAAUUAUCAUUGCUGUUCAGUAAGUUUGAAUAUAUUGUGUUAAAUGCCUUGCAGGGUUCGCAGACAAAAUCAUUUGCAGGAGACGCUGACACGUAGUUCAUAAUCACACACUAAACAUAACAGAACCUAUUGUUGUAUUUACACUUAGGAGCAUUGUUGUGAUGUAAUAUUUUUAACUGAAUAUCGCAAUAUUUCUGCAGUUGGAAAUCGAGUGUCUCAAAGAAGAGUUUAGAGAUGCUCUGCUCAGGCAAAGCGAGUGAAGUCUAGGACAGAGUGGACGUACUGUACUCAGGGUUAGCAAUGAAAUCACUAUUUAGAAACUAGAGACAUGAAGAAACCUGCUGCAUCCUUCAAAGGCAAAUAGAACCAGUAUGUAAAAAUGUACAUACGUUUUUGGCCAUUUGUGUUUCAUCUGAGAACAUAAAAAAAAAAAAAAUCUGCAUUAGCUAUAGGACUUCAGAACAACCAAAUUAACUGAUUUACUUUUUUUUUUUUUCUAUCAAUAAAAAGACACAGAUAUCAAAGGGAUCACACAGGCGGAGCCACUGCUGACAAUGUGCUUUACAAAUUCAAAUGAUGAAUAAAAGAACAAAGCCUCCUGACUGUCUAAAGGCACAUUGAAAAUACAAACAUGUAUAUAUGUGAAACACAGGCUCUAAUGUGAAACAGAAGGUGGCUACAAAAUUUAAGAUAUGACUUCCGUUGUUAUAUUUUAAAAUAUUUAAUUUAUUGCAAAUAAAUUAUUUUUGAAGCAUCACUUAGUCUGUGUAUUUGAAUCUGGUUUACUUUUUUUUAUUUCUUUUAGAAGGUAAGCUCAUUUUUCAAUCACCAUAAGGCCUUUUAUGGUGUAAAAUGUGUCUGUGUAGAGUUACCUGGGUUAAACUGAGCCUAUUCUGUCAUUACCUAAAAUGAACUAAAUUACUUCUUUACCUAAA